CGACUUGUAAAAACUUUACGGGCACUAAGCCAGCUGGAUGGGAGGAAGAGUAGCCCGGCAGUGACAAACAUGAACAAGCUGAAGUCCUCGCAGAAGGAUAAAGUUCGCCAGUUCAUGAUUUUUACACAAUCCAGUGAGAAGACUGCAGUGACCUGCCUGGCACAGAAUGACUGGAAGCUAGAUGUUGCCACAGAUAAGUUUUUCCAAAGUCCAGAGCUCUACAUUUCAAAUCUAAAGGGGGCCUUAGACAAGAAGAAGCUUGAGCAGCUGUACAACAGAUACAGAGAUCCUCAUGACGACAACAAAAUAGGCAUUGAUGGGAUCCAGCAAUUCUGUGACGACUUGGGUUUGGACCCUGCCAGUAUAAGCGUCCUUCUCAUCGCCUGGAAGUUCAGGGCAGCAACGCAGUGCGAGUUCUCGAAACAGGAGUUCAUGGAAGGCAUGACAGAACAGGGGUGUGACAGCAUAGAGAAGCUAAAAGCUCAGCUGCCUAAGAUAGAGCAAGAAUUAAAGGACUCAAGGAAAUUUAAGGACUUCUACCAGUUUACAUUUAAUUUUGCAAAGAAUCCUGGCCAGAAAGGUUUGGAUUUAGAAAUGGCAAUUGCAUAUUGGAAUUUAGUUCUCCCGGGAAGAUUCAAGUUCCUGGACCUGUGGAACAAAUUUUUAGUUGAACACCAUAAAAGAUCGAUUCCUAAGGACACUUGGAAUCUCUUACUAGACUUCAGCACGAUGAUCACUGACGACAUGUCGAAUUACGACGAGGAAGGAGCGUGGCCCGUCCUUAUUGAUGAUUUUGUGGAGUUUGCGCGACCACACAUCGGAACCAAAAGCACUGCAGUUUAAGGUCCGCUCUCACUGAAGUAACAGCCAUGAGAGGUUUCUACAAAAUCAGUGACUGGAGGACGGUGGAGUCACACUGAGCUGGGAACUAUGUUGCCUUUUCAACCCUCAGGACUGAAAUAUUUUACACAGCAGAGACUUUAUAUAUAUUAUGUGUGUGUACAAAAGGCAUAUCCGUUUGUUAGUUAACACGUGAUAGUUUGAAACUUUUAUCUAAAGUAUUGGGCUUUUGUGUGCGCUCAAGCCAACUAGAGAGGAGUCUCCAUUUGAUCCCACGUGGGUCUCUGAUGUGGUCGCACUCCGAUACAGGUAGAUAUACACACUUGAACUGUAAUGUAAACACAAGGGUUUGCAAAGAGGAUGUUGUUCUUUAAAUACUGAAUUUUAAUACUAGUGUGCAUUUCCUGAUUUUGGUUUUAUGAUAUGUUUGUGUUACAAGUCAGUAUCAAACAUUGAUUGUAAUUUUUUAAAUCAUAAUGCUGUUUGUUUAAACAUGAAUGCGUAAGGAUAAAAUAAAUAAUUCAGUUUGGUCUCUUUAAAGCUGCCAAGCCUCUGUGCAUUUAUACUUAGAAAGAGAAAAUGAGACAUUGAAAGUCAGUCUCUGUUUGGUUUAUUGCCAAAUACCUCAUUAACCUUUAGAAAUGUCUUAAUUUUUUGUGGCACAAAUCCAACAAGGUGCUGGAAACAUUCCUCGAAGAUUUUCAUCAGGAUUGACAUGACAGCAUGACAAAGAUUUGCUGGCUUGAUGAUGAGAAUCUCCUGUUCCACCACAUUCCACUGGACUGAGUUGAGGUCAUUUGAGUACAGUGAACUCAUUGUGGUGUUCAUGAAACCAGUUUGAGUCCAGGCAAUCUUUCUCAUUGAACUGUAGCCAAACUUUCCUGUUACUGGCUGACGAGAGGCACCUUCUGUGGUCUAAUGCUGCUGUAGCUCAUGUAGUUUAAAGCUAGAUGUGUUGUAUGUUCAGAGUUGCUCUUCUGUACACCUUUGUUGUAACAAGGGGUUAUUUGAGUUAUUGUUGCUUUUCUAUCAGCUGAAAACAAUCUGGCCAUUCUCCCAUGACCUCUGACUUCAACGAGGCAGAGAACUGCUGCUCACUGGAUAUUUUCUCAGUAGAUCAGCAGUUUCUGUAAUGCUCGGACCAGCCUGUCUGGCACCAACAGACAUGUCGCAUUGAGAGUCACUUUAGUCCCCAU